CUGCGCGCGCAAUUUGAUUAACAAACAUAACCUUUUAAUGCUGAAAAUAAAAGUGCUCAGCAAUAACAUAAUUAGUGAUAGCAAUAUAAAUUAUUUUAUAAAUAAUUUUUACACAGUAACAAAAUAUAAAAAUGUCUAUUGAAAUAGAAUCAGCUGACGUUAUCAGAUUAAUUCAACAGUAUUUAAAAGAAUCGAAUCUUGUAAAAACACUACAGACACUGCAGGAAGAGACUGGAGUAUCUCUUAAUACAGUUGACAGUGUGGAUGGUUUUGUCGCGGAUAUAAAUAAUGGUCAUUGGGACACGGUUCUAAAAGCCAUACAGUCGUUAAAGUUGCCGGAUAAAAAAUUGAUUGAUUUGUACGAGCAAAUUGUGUUGGAGCUGAUUGAGUUGAGAGAACUGGGUGCUGCGAGAUCUUUAUUGCGGCAAACAGAUCCUAUGAUUAUGAUGAAACAGCAAGAGCCUGAGAGAUAUAUUCAUCUGGAAAAUUUAUUGGCGAGAUCGUAUUUCGAUCCGCGAGAAGCUUAUCCGGAUGGCAGCACGAAGGAAAAGAGACGGGCUUAUAUAGCUAAUGCGUUGUCGGGUGAAGUAUCAGUGGUGCCGUCGAGCAGACUGUUGGCUUUGCUGGGACAAGCUCUGAAAUGGCAACAACAUCAAGGACUUUUGCCGCCUGGUACAACGAUCGAUUUGUUCCGUGGUAAAGCAGCAGUAAGAGAUCAAGAAGACGAAAAAUAUCCAACGCAAUUGUCCAAGCAAAUAAAGUUUGGUCAAAAGUCUCAUGUUGAGUGCGCGCGAUUUUCACCAGAUGGCCAGUACUUGGUGACCGGGUCGGUGGAUGGUUUUAUAGAGGUAUGGAAUUUCACAACAGGUAAAAUAAGAAAAGAUCUCAAGUAUCAAGCUCAGGAUAAUUUUAUGAUGAUGGAACAAGCUGUGUUAUCAAUGGCUUUCAGUCGUGACAGUGAAAUGCUUGCGACUGGUUCCCAAGAUGGUAAAAUAAAAGUCUGGCGUGUCCAAAGUGGCCAGUGUCUAAGAAGAUUUGAAAAAGCGCAUGCCAAGGGAGUUACUUGUAUACAAUUUAGCCGAGACAAUGGCCAGAUAUUGACAGCUUCUUUUGACGCUACCAUCAGAAUCCAUGGAUUGAAGUCAGGAAAGACUUUGAAGGAGUUUCGUGGUCAUUCUUCCUUCGUCAAUGAAGUGGUAUUCGCUUCUGAUGGGCAUCAUGUAAUCAGUGCGUCGUCUGACGGCACUGUCAAAGUCUGGAGUAUCAAGACCACCGAGUGUAUCGGAACUUACAAAUCUCUUGGUGCUGCUGAUCUCACUGUAAACAGUGUCCACGUUUUACCACGAAACCCAGAACAUUUCGUAGUAUGUAAUCGUUCUAAUACAGUCGUUAUCAUGAACAUGCAAGGCCAAAUAGUCAGAUCAUUCUCGAGUGGUAAAAGAGAAGGUGGUGAUUUUGUCUGUACUGUCGUAAGUCCACGUGGUGAAUUUAUUUAUUGCGUCGGUGAAGAUCUGGUACUUUAUUGUUUCUCAACGUCUUCUGGAAAGCUUGAGAGGACUCUCAAUAUUCAUGAAAAAGAUGUGAUAGGAAUUUCGCAUCACCCUCAUCAAAAUCUCUUGUGUUCCUACAGCGAGGACGGUCUCGUAAAAUUAUGGAAACCUUAAAUCAUAUAUAUAUAUACAUUUUUUUUACAAAUAAUUAUUUAUAAUAAUUGUAUAUUUAAUUUAAUUGAGUAAAGAAAAAAAAAAGAAAAAAGU